AUGGUAUCCGAAUCAUUUGAUCUGACUAUAACAGAUCCAACAAUGACGAGUAUAUCAACAAAAAAUACUUAUCAUAUGAAGAAGAAAUUUUUUUGGAUUAUUCUAUGUAUUAUUGUAUCAGUAUUUAUUGUUUUAUUGGUAUUAACAAUUUAUUUUGGUGUUAAUCAAAAACGAACAAAUACUGAUCAAACAUUUAAUAAUUUAACAACAGCAACAAAUCAACCUAUUGUAACAACAACAUCACCGGCACCACCUGUUGAACGAAUACCAACAAAUUUAAAACAACAAGUUUAUCAUUUAACAAUUUCACCUAAUUUAACAAUGUCAACAUUUACAGGUACACUUUUAUAUACAUUUACAUGUCUCGAAACAACAAAUGAAAUUGUACUUCAUUUAAAAGAUCUAAUAUUAGAUAAUUCAACAAUAAAAAUAAUAAAUUCAUCAUUAACAACAUCAUCAUUACCAAUAAUUAAUUCUUGGUUAUAUGAUAAACCGAAUGAUUUAAUAAAAUUAAAAUUUUCAUCAUAUUUCAUUCCAACACAUACAUAUACAUUAUAUUUAACUUAUUCAGCAAAUAUUUCACGUGAAUUACAUGGUCUUUAUAUAAGUAAAUAUAUUGAUAUCAAUGGAAUGAAUAAAACAUUUAUGACAUCACAAAUGGAACCAACUCAUGCACGUUCAGUAUUUCCAUGUAUUGAUGAACCAGCAAGGAAAGCAAUAUUUUAUAUAAGUGUUAUACAUGAUCCAUCAGAACGUGUAUGGUCAAAUGGAGAAAUUCAACAAAUUGAAACAUUAAAUGAUGGAAAAAUUUUAUCACAUUUUACACCAACAUUAAAUAUGUCAACAUUUUUAUUAGCAUUAAUUGUGGCACCUAAAGCUGAUUUUGAUUGUCGACCUGAUCGUCUUGUUGGUAUAACAAAUAUAAAAUCGAGAAUAUGUGGAAGAAUUGAUAUUUUACCACAAUUAGCUUAUGCAGAUGAAAUUGCGUAUAAAUCAUUAGAAUUAUUUAAUAAAUAUUUUGAUAUUACUUAUCCAUUGCCUAAAAUCGAACACUUUGCUGUACCAGAUUUUAGUGCUGGAGCAAUGGAAAAUUUUGGUUUGGUUAUUUAUCGAGAAGUUGGGGUAUUUUUUGAUGAAAAAACUGUAUCAGCAUCACGUAAACAAUAUAUUACAACUGUAGUUGCACAUGAAAUUGCACAUCAAUGGUUUGGAAAUCUUGUUUCACCAGCUUGGUGGGGUGAAUUAUGGUUAAAAGAAGGAUUUGCUAGUUAUAUGGAAACAUUAGCAUCGGAUGAACUUGAACCAACAUGGAUGCAAGAUGAACGAAUUGUUGUUGAAAAAAUAUUUCCAUUUAUGGAAGCAGAUUCUUUACCAACAUCACGUCCAAUAAGUAUAAGUUCAACAAAUCCAAAUGAUAUAUUUCAAUUAUUUGAUUCAAUAACAUAUGAUAAAGGUGCAACAUUAAUACGAAUGAUGUCAAUGUUUUUAGGUGAUAAAGUUUUUCAAAAAGGUAUACAAAAUUAUUUAAAAAAUUUAAGUUAUUCAUCAGCAACACAAGAAGAUUUAUGGAGAUAUUUAAGUAAUGCUGCGGACAAUAAAAUUAAUGUUGAAAAAAUUAUGAAUGGUUGGACACAACAAGCUGGUUAUCCGAUUGUAGAAAUUACUCGAGAAUAUUCAACACCUAUUGGUCGACAACAACGAACUAAUAACAAUGGUUAUAUUACUAUUAAACAAAAACCUUUUAGUCUUUUUUCAUCAACAACUAGACAAGAAAAAUGGUGGAUACCAUUCAAGUAUUUUGAUCGAACAACAACAAAAAAAUUGAAUCAAAAUCCAGUUAUUUGGCUUAAUGAAAGUAUAACACGUUUACCAAUAUCUACAUUAGAUUCUGAUUGGCUCUUAGCAAAUCCUGAUUAUCUUGGUGUUUAUCGUACAAAAUAUGAUUCAAGAAAUUUUCGUUUAAUAAUAAAUCAACUUUUAACUGAUCAUACUCGUAUACCAACUAUAACACGCGGUGCUUUAAUUGAUGAUAUAUUUGCAUUAUCUCGUACAUCAAUUGGAAAUACAAGUGAUGCAUAUGAAUUAAUACGUUAUUUAAAAGAUGAAGAUGAAUUUGUUCCUUGGACAGCAGCAUUUACCGCUAUGCGUAUUCAAGAAGAUUUAUUAACUGGACAUGAAAUUCUUCUUGAUGUUCAACAUUAUUUUCUUGAUCUUGUUUUACCAUUAUAUAAUAAAAUUGGUUGGGCACCAAUAGAUCAAUCAAAAGAAUGGUUACGUGCAUUAUUACAACCAAGUGUUUUGUCAUUGGCUUGUCGUUAUGGUCUUCAUGAAUGUGUUGACGAAGCAAGAAAAUCUUAUCGUCGUUGGUUAUCAAAUCCAUCAUUAAAUCAAAUACCGGCAACACUUCGUUCAACUGUUUAUUGUACAAUUGUACGUGAAGGUUCUCAUUUAGAAUUUAAUUUCUUAUGGAAUCGUCUUAAACAAGAAAAUGUUGCAAGUGAAACAUUAAAUUUAUUAAAUGGUCUUGCUUGUACACAAGAUCCAUCAUUAAUACUUUGGUUUCUUAAUCAACAUUUAAAAGUAAAUCCAAUUAUACGUGAUCAAGAUUUAGCUGCAUCAAUUCAACGUAUUGCUCGUUUACCUCAUGGAAAUCAAAUAGCAUGGAAUUGGGUACGAGAUAAUUGGGAACAAAUUUUUUCUAAAUGGGGAAAAUCUGUUUCAAGUUUAUCCGGUAUUAUUGAAUCGGUUUCAAGUCAUUUUGUUAAUAUUCGACAACGUAAUGAAUUUUUAACAUUUGCAAAUUCAAUUACGGAUAAAGGUACUGCUCAAAGACAAUUUCAACUUUCACUGGAUAAAAUUGAUGCAGCAAUUGAAUGGAAUCGUAUAAAUCUUAAUGCCAUAACAUCAUUUCUUCGUCCAGAAAAAACUGGACCAGAUACAAGUGGUUAUCGAUUACCAACAUUAGCUAUUCCUCUACAUUAUGAUCUUUAUAUAAAACCUUAUUUAAAUGUCACUGAUAAUAAUCAACGUUAUUCAAUAUAUGAAGGUGAAGUUAAUAUAAAAAUUCAAAUCAUACAAACAACAGAUAGAAUUGUUUUACAUAAACGUUAUAUAACAAUAUAUCAUCCAAUAAAAUUAAAUAAUCCAACAAUAUCAAUUAUACGAACAACAUUUGAUGAAGAUAGAGAUUUUUUUACAAUUAUUUUCAAUCAAACAUUAUUAAUUAAUACACAAUUUACAAUAACUAUACCAUAUAUAGGUGAAUUAAGAAAUGAUACAUCAGGUUUUUAUCUUAGUUCAUAUGUACGAUCAACAGAUAAUGUACGACGUUAUUUACUUGCAUCACAAAUGGAACCAAUAUCAGCACGACGUGCAUUACCUUGUUUUGAUGAACCAGCACUUAAAGCAACAUAUAAAAUUAUUGUUGAACAUGAACAACAAUAUCGUGCAUGGAGUAAUAUGCCGAUUGAAUUAAUUCAAAAUCAAACAAAUGGUUGGACAAAAACAAUCUUUAAAAAAUCCGUACCAAUGAGUUCAUAUUUAUUAGCACUUAUUAUAGCAGAUUUUGAAUGUUUAACAGAAAAUUAUACAGGUCGUUAUAGUAAUAUAACAACAAAUGUUUGUGCACAACCAGAAAAAAAAGCGGAUUUAUAUUAUGCACUUGACAUAGCAACAAAAAGUUUGAAAGAUUUUGAAGAAUUACAUAAAGUUAAUUAUCCUCUAGCAAAAAUUGAUCAUAUUGCUGUACCAGAUUUUGGUGCAGGUGCGAUGGAAAAUUUUGGAUGUAUUACAUAUCGUGAAACACGACUUUUUUAUAAUAAUCAUACAUCAACAGCAUCGAAUAAACAACAAGUUGCAUUAGUUAUUGCUCAUGAAUUAGCACAUCAAUGGUUUGGUGAUCUUGUCUCACCAGCGACAUGGGAUGAUUUAUGGUUAAAUGAAGGUUUUGCUAAAUGGAUGGAAUUUGUUAAUACAGAUAAAAUCCAUCCCGAAUGGGAUUUAUAUGAUCAAUUUAUAGCUCAACGUUGGUUAACAGUUAUGCAAAAUGAUGCAAUAUCAUUUUCACAUCCUGUUAAUAUGAAAAUAACAAAUAAUGAUCAAUUAACAGGAAUAUUUGAUGCAAUAACAUAUUCAAAAGGUUCAUCAUUAUUACGUAUGAUGAGAAAUUUUAUGGGUAAUAAUACAUUUACACGUGGUAUAUCAAGAUAUUUAUCACAACAUUUAUAUUCAAUUGCUACACAAAAUGAUCUAUGGCAAGCAUUAGGUCAACAAAUGUUUGAAGAUAAAAUUCCGUUACCAUUAAAUACAACACUUGCUGAUAUAAUGAGUACAUGGACGGAUCAAAUGGGUUAUCCAUAUGUUGAAAUACAACGUGAAUAUGAUCAAAAUAUAAUAAAAAUAAGUCAACAACAAUUUUUAUUUGAUUCUGAUGCUCAACCAUCGAAAUCUUUAUAUAAUUAUAAAUGGUCAAUACCAUUGAAAAUUAAAUCAUUAUCAACAUUAUCAACAGAUAUAAUAUGGUUUUCAAAAAAACAAAUGAAUAUGACAAUAAAUAUGAAUUCAAAUGAAUGGAUAUUAGCUAAUCCUGAUUUAUUAGGAUUUUUUCGAACAAAUUAUGAUCGUGAAAAUUGGAAAAGACUUAUUCAACAAUUAAAAACUGAUCAUCAAAAAUUUUCUGUUAUUGAACGUGCUGGUCUUGUUGAUGAUGCACUUAAUUUAGCACGUGCAAAUAUUCUUCCGACAUCACUUGUUUUUGAAUUACUUGAAUAUAGUCAUUUUGAACAAUCCUAUGUUGUUUGGGAACGUAUUCUUUCUAAUCUUCAAUAUAUCGAAGAAAUGAUUGCAGCGAGUAGUGAAGGUUUAUAUUUAUAUGAACGUUUUCGUUCAUAUAUGGUUGAUCUUGUUUUACCUAUUUAUAAUAAACUUGGUUGGCAAGAUAAACCAUUAACAGAUAAAUGGUUAGAUACACUUCAUCGUGAUAUGGUUAUAUCAACAGCAUGUCAAUAUGAUCUUGAUCAUUGUACACAACGUGCACAAGAAUUAUUUGAAGAAUGGUUUAAUUCACCAUUAAAUAAUACAAUUGCUGCUAAUCAACGACGUGUUGUUUAUUGUACAAGUAUAAGAUUAGGUGAUCGAGCAAGAUUUCAAUUUCUUCUUCGACAAUAUCAAACAUCACAUGAUCCACAAGAAAAAGCACGUAUACAAUUAGCAUUAACAUGUACACGUGAUAUAGAAUUAAUUCGACAUCUACUUGAUAUACAUAUAAAUUCAGAACGAAAUAUCAUACGUGGACAAGAUGUUUUAAAUGGUAUACGUUCAAUAUGUCGAAAUUUAAUUGCUGAAAUUGAAUGUUGGACAUUUUUACGUGCACGAUGGACACAAUUAUAUCGUGAUUAUAGUGGUUCACUUAGUUUUGCUGAUUUAAUUAAAGAUACAACAAAAAGAUUUAAUACAUUAUCACAAUUAGAAGAAUUUGAAAGAUUUGCUGAACAGAUAACUGAUAAAAAUGCAAUUGAAUCAGAAUUUAAAGCAUCGAUAGAACGUAUACGUGCAAAUAUUCAAUGGGUUAGUAAAUCAAAACCAAAUUUAGAAGAAUGGUUUUUAAAUCGAACAGUAGCAAUUCGUCUUCCACUUGAUUGGUUUCCAUCAACAUAUAAACUUGAUUUUGAUGUUCAAUUACGUUCAACAUAUCCAAAUAAUCAAGAACCAAAUACAACAUUUUCAGGUUAUACACAAAUACGUAUGCGUUGUGCACGUUCAACAAAUGAACUUCGUAUACAUGCAAAACAAUUACGUAUAUCAUAUGUUAUAUUAAAACGUCUUGGAACAAAUAAUAAUCUUAUUAGUGAUUGGAAACCAAUGUUAACAUCAGAAACUAUUAUAUGUCGAUUAAGAGAACGUUGUAUUGAAGGUCAAGAAUAUGAAUUUCAUUCGGAAUAUUCAGCUGAAUUAGAUAGAGAAAUGGCUGGAUUUUAUUUAAGUAGAUAUAAUGUUACUGAUCCAAAAACAGGAGAAGUUAUUACCCAUAAUAUUGGUACAACACAUAUGCAGCCCACUAUUGCUCGACGAGUAUUUCCUUGUUUUGAUGAACCCUUAUUUAAAGCAAAUUUUACAAUAUCAAUAACUUAUGAUGACAGUUUUACAGUUGUACGAUCUAAUGGUGAAAUGUUAAAUAAUAAUCAACCAGAAGUCCUAUCAAAUGGUCGUUUAUUAUCACGUUUUGAACAAACACCACCAAUGUCAACAUAUCUUGUUGCAUUUGUUUUAACUGAUUUUCAAUGUAUAACGAAUAUGACAAUAAAUAAUAUACGUGUUAGUGUUUGUGGACGACAAGAAGCAAUGAGUAAAGGUGAAGGAGAUUUUGCUUUACAUGUUGGAACACAUGUUAUUACUUAUUUUGAACAAUCAUAUAAUGUACCUUAUCCAUUAAGUAAAUGUGAUCAUUUUGCAAUACCAGAUUUUUCAGCUGGUGCUAUGGAAAAUUGGGGUUUAAUAACAUAUCGUGAAACAGCAUUACUUCAUAAUAAUGAAACAGGUAAUUUAGCAACUAAACUUCGUGUUGGUGAAGUUGUUUCACAUGAAGUUGCUCAUCAAUGGUUUGGAAAUAUUGUGACACCAAAAUGGUGGAAUGAUAUUUGGUUAAAUGAAGGUUUUGCAUCUUGGGUAGAAAUACUUGGUCUUAAUAAUGUUAAUCCAGAAUUUCAAGCAUUAAGCAUAUUUGUUACAACAACUGUCCAACGUGCACUUCUUAUGGAUAGUCUUUAUUCAAGUCAUCCAAUAAGUGUUGAAGUAACACAUCCGGAUGAAAUUAAUUCAAUAUUUGAUUCAAUAUCAUAUGAUAAAGGUGCAUCAAUUCUUCGUAUGAUCUAUACAGUUUUAAAUGAAACAAUCUUUUUUCAAGGUAUAAGUAAUUAUUUAGAUCAUUUUAAAUAUAGUAAUGCUGUCCAAGAUGAAUUAUGGUCAUUUUUAACAAAUGUUACCAAUCCAAAUCAAUUAUCUGGUUAUACAAUAAAAACAAUAAUGGAUACAUGGACAUUACAAGAAGGUUAUCCAAUAUUAAUUGUAACACGUAAUUAUUCAACAAAUCGUAUAACACUUAAACAAAAACGUUUUCUACUUGAUCCAAAUGGUUUAAAUAAUACAUCAAAUUAUUUGAAUCCAUUUAAACCAUUAGAAUUUCAAUGGUAUAUACCCUAUGAUUAUAUGAGUAAUACAAAAUUCUCAGCAUUUCAUUGGUUACCACCAAAUAAAACAUAUGAAUUAGAAAAUAUUGAAACAUCAAAUAACUGGAUUAUAUUUAAUGUCAAUCAAUUUGGUUUUUAUCGUGUUAAUUAUGAUAAACAAAAUUGGAAUUUAAUCAUCAAUGGUUUAAAAAUCAAUAAUUCACAAUUUCCACCUGUAUCACGUGCACAAUUAAUUGAUGAUUCAUUUAGUUUAGCACGUGCAAGAGAUUUAGAUAUAAAUAUUCCAUUAGAAUUAUCAACAUAUUUAUGUCGGGAAUUAAAUUAUAUCCCAUUUUCAACAUUUGCAAUAACUAUACAAUAUCCAUUACUUAUGUUUGCACAAAAUGAAAAUAGUACAGAAUAUAAACAAUUACAACAAUAUAUUCGUACUGUUGAAGAACCAGCAUAUCGUACACUUGGAUGGUCAAUAGGAUUAAGUUCAUCAGAUUAUUUAUCUCGUCAAUUACGUUCACUUGUUAUAAGUGAUUUAUGUUCAAAUGAUUAUGAACCAUGUAUUAAUGAAGCUAUAUUACAAUAUAAACAAUGGCGUUUAAAUCCAGUAAUACAUUCAAUAAAUCCUGAUUUUCGUAUAACUGUCUAUUGUCAAGGUAUUAAAAAUGGUACUGUCGAUGAUUAUAGAUUUAUACAAGAACAAUAUAAAGAAACAAAUGAUCAAAUUGAAAAAAGUCGUUAUGGUUUUGCAUUAACAUGUACAAGAAAUUUUACAUUACUUGAACAAUUACUUAAUGAAACAUUAAGUAAUGAUUAUAUACGUUUACAAGAUUCACCAACAUUUAUUAAUCGUAUUAGUUUACAAUUAGGUGGGCAAAAUUUAACAUGGCGUUUUGUUAGUCAACGUUGGUCGGAAUUAGUUUCAAAAUUAGGUGGAUUAAGUUUUACAUUAUCAAAUAUUAUUGAAGGUGUACUACAAAAUGUUAAUACACAAAAUGAAUUAAAUAUUAUUGAAAAAUUCAUGGCUGAAACAAAAGAUUUAUCAACAGCCGAACGUGCUUUUCAAUCAUCUAUUGAAAAAAUAAAAGCUAAUAUCCGGUGGAUGAAUACAAUAGGACGAGAUAUUCGGAUGUGGCUUUCUAACAAUACGGUGAAAUGUUAA